AUGGCCGACACCGAGGAUGCAGGCGCAUCAUCCGUCUCUGAACCCCUUGACCUGGUCCGUCUUUCACUCGAUGAGAUUGUUUUCGUGAAACUGCGCGGUGACCGUGAGCUCAAGGGCCGCCUCCAUGCAUACGACAGCCAUUGCAACCUAGUCCUGGGCGACGUCGAGGAGACCAUCUAUGUGGUGGAGGAGGACGACAACGAACAAGAAACGACCCGGGUAAGCGAAACGACGGCAAUCCCAUUGGUGUCUACGAGGCCGGGGUGCUGA